AUGCCACCAAUACAACACACAUUCGGUACAACAGGCAACGUGCCUUCGCACCCCGGCGCCGGUAUCACCCAAACGCCCCAAAACGGCCCUCUCCAAACCAACAAUCCUUACUUCUCCCAACCCACACCAUCACCAUCAACAUUACCAGUACCUCCUCCUCCACCACCACCUCCUUCUUCGGAAACAAACAAAGCAGAAGAACAACAGCAGUAUACAUCAUCAUCAUCACCAUCAUCAUUCCCAAUUGCAGUUUCUUCAAGUCACAAUUACGCUCACGAGAGUACAUACCCCCAAGUAUUAUCGACAUAUGCUCACGAGAGUACAUAUCCCCAACCAGCGCCACAUACUACAUAUGCACAAAAUCCAUAUAACAAUUACAAUGACGCCGCUCAGCUGCCUCAGGAGCCAAUACCGGCGUAUACACGAGACGGACAGAAUGAUCCACCAGAUUUAUUGGCCGCGAGGAGGGAAUAUAUAGAUGUUGAGACACAAAUUCAAAACGAGACAACUGAGUUAAAGUACGAGAUUCACCCAUAA